UGCCAUAUUGUUGUUUUGUUGCUGAUUGCGGUUUAGAACAGUGAUCGUGGAAUUGUAAACAAAUUUAUAAAUUUACGUUUGAUUUACUUAUCCUAUGAAUUUUAUUAGUAUUUUACAAUGUAUUGAAGGUUUUCCUUUUCGAUAUGACUAAAAGUCACUUAUUCAAAAGUUAAAUACACUAUUUCAUUUGCCUCUGCGAUGUCAAGAUAUUUAUUUUAUUUUCUUUUUAUAAGUUAUUUGCAAAAUGUUAUGGGAUAUAGCCAAUUAUGCGAUAACAAAACAAGGAGUUGCACAACUCAGAUUUUGGGUCAUGACUAUACAGAAGAUUCAUGUCAGUUAGAAUACUUUAAACCUGAUAGCCCAGCAUGUAGAGCAAUGGAUUUUGCUCCGAUAUCACCUAACGAUCACAUUGGCGGAGUCAGCUUGAAGCCUUAUAGUCUCCAGUAUGAACAUGUCACCUCAUUGGGCACAUUUUACACGGUCAACCAUACUGUUCUUAACAUAACAUUCAGUAAUAUCAAAUGGAAAACUAUGAAAUUCCGAUUUCAAUUCUCUAAGCAGAAGAAUUCAGACAAUCAUUGCAGAAAUAUUGUUAUAUCAAACAAUGUGACUAUAAAUGAUCAAUCCAUGUUCUACUACGAUUGUUAUUGGCCAAUCUCUGAUGGCAACCCCAAUGGACAGAGUCACAUUCUGGAUUUUGAAGCCACAGAUGAUGUUGUUGUGAACCGAGGACAAUAUUACUUCAAUAUACCAACACCACAGAUGUUAAGUCCAUCAGCGACAAUCAACGAGUGGAAACCAUUUAUCUAUAUCGAAAUAUUGACAGACAAAAUGAAAUUACAUGUUGUACCUCCGCCAUCUCAUUUGAAAGUUACCUCAUACGAAAUAACGGUGUUCAGAGAAUGUGAUAAAGAAACAUUAUGUACAGCUGAUGAUUUGGUAGCAAAUACAACAAUAAAAUUAAAGAAUAACUUACAAGAAGUUACAUAUGAGACGAGCAUGUUAAAGAAAUCCGGAUCAUAUUAUUAUGUGGUUACGGUUAUUCAUGAUGCGUGUAAUAGCGAAACUGGAGAUUGUCAAUAUAUGGAGAGUCCAAGAAUAAGGAUUACUAACGAAGUGCAGCCGUUGAGCAUCUGCAUAGCGAGCAUCACCGCACUCAUAGUGGCGACACUGUUCGCGUAUUACAUCGCGUUACGAGUGAUGCGCCGUUACUGCUGCACUGAAUACAAGUCACCACCAGCUUACGAAUUACCAUCACCGCCGAAGAUAUUAGUUGUUUACUCACCAGUGAAUAGAUUGCAUGCAGAAUGUGUUGCAUCUUUUAUUACAUACUUGCGCUCUGAAUACGGAUUCGAACUUAUGUACGAAGGGGACAUAUCCAGCACGUCCCAUGCAGAUCCAUUUAUAUGGGCAAGCGAAUCAUACCGUAUUGCAACUCAUAUUAUGUACAUUGUCGGUCCCGCUGAAGAAACAAAUCUAUAUAAUAAUAUUUACGACAAACCGAUAAUAACAGCACAUAGAGAUGUUGAUAAUAUUGUUCUAGCUAUGAUCAAGGCAAAUCGUAAUGGAAAAUCCCAAAAAGAUAUUAUAAAUAUAUUCUUCGAACACUCCAGUGGACAAUUGCCUAUUGAAACGAGACAUGAUAAAGCUUUCUUCCUGUUGAAGGAUUGGCAGAAACUUAUAUCUUAUCUGUCACAAAAUAUGCUACCAAAGAAACAGAUUAUGAGAACGGAGAAAGGGAAAUGUUUUAUUGAAGAUUUGUCGAGGGCUAAGAAACUACUGAGUAUUAAACAAGACGAUGUUGUUAUCAGAUGUGAGAAAAAUUGGAAUGAGAAAAAGGUUUUAUUGUAGUUUCCGUUAAUUUGAAGAACAAAGCUUGCUGUUGUAAGUACAUGUUUAAAUUUAAUUAUUUUUAAAUGUUAUUCAAACAAAAUUGUGCCAGAGGUCAAUUUAAGUAGAAAACAGUUUUCAAUAAUGUUAUUUAUCAAGUAUUUAAAGAUUAUGUACAAUGCAUUUCAAAUAAAAAUGUGCAUGUGUCCGUCAUAUUGUGACGUCAUAGCUCUCAAAUAGAAAAAAA